AUGGGCAUAGCUCUCAUUACCAUCCUCGUGCUGUGGUUUAGGAAGCGCCGCCAACGCAUCUACCCGGCUAAGUCCUUACCUGCUCAGACAGAGCUCGACGUCUGGACCCAGUCCGGCAAACCUGCAGUACACGGCGGUCUGCACGAAGACCAGAAUCCGUGGACGGGGAUCCUAAAUGGCCGGCCAAGGCAGUCAAACGGCGGACAGGAUGCUGCGGGCCCAAACCAUAUUCGGAGAAGCAGCGACCGCGAGGCGAGGAACUUCACGACUCCCAAGUCGCCAACGGUCUUUGGCGGGCACAUGCAAUCUUUUCAACGCGGUGCGAAGCGUAGGAGGGCAGAGUCGAGAUUUGGCAUUGCGUUGUCGGACUCGUCGUCCUUGCGUGGCACUACCGACAUCCAAAACAUGGUUCAGGACAGAAAUGGUGGUAGGGCUGAGCUUUCGGGCGAGGGAGGGUCGACGCAAAGGAAGGCAAGGUCCGUGGGACUGCCUGCUGAGUUUCGCAGGUCUGUGUAUCCGAUGAAGUGGUGCGGUGUGCUGAUACCCGUGCUUCCGCAACGGCUGAUCCAGGCUUUGGAGGCGCCUGAAGCAGAUCAAUGCAGGUCACGGCUGUCGAUAGCGACAGGAGCGUUCGGCUACUCAGAGGCAGCCGCAUGA